AUGGGCGGAUUUAAAAGGGGGCAGAGCGUGGCACGAAGGCAGGCCCAGAUAGCAAGAGAUCCAUGGUCCUGUGAGACGUUGGGAUGGCAGAAGCACGCCAUUGCCGGCGGCGAUGGUUCGGAUGUUAGGGAGAAGCACCUCAUGGAGAUCCCGUCUGCGGUGAAGGGGAACACGUCGGGGGAUGCUCACGUGUUUGCGAUGAAGAAAGUAGAGAUCAGAAAGAAAAGAUUCAUCAAGUCUGGGCAGUUCCCGGAGCCCCGUUCCGAAUAUUCGCACCUCUCCUCUUGCGUGAGUUUAACUCAGAAGUCCCCAUUUAUCUUGCGACUAGUGGCACUCCUACGGUAG